AUGCUGAGCCACGAAGUACCGAGUUUGCCAUGGCAGGUUGUUGGGGUCGAUCUUUUUCACCACGAAGGCAAUGAUUACCUCAUAGUGGUAGAUUCCUACUCGUUUUUCUUCGAGGUUCGCAAGCUUAGUCGGACUACCGCUGCUGUUGUGAUCAACGCAAGUGCAGAAAUCUUCGCGACACAUGGCAUUCCCGCCAAACUGUGCACUGACAACGGCCCUCCUUUCAGCAGUGCAACAUUUCAAGCAUUCACAGGUCAAUUUAAUAUCAGCCACACCACUUCUAGCCCGUACCAUCCGCGCGCCAACGGCUUGGCAGAGCGUGCCGUUCAGGAAGCUAAACAUCUGCUAAACAAAUGCCCGUUUUCUACCCUUGAAUUUUACAGUGCGUUGUUGGAGUGGCGGAAUACUCCGAGGGACGAACAGUUGCAGUCGGCAGCUCAAAGGCUCAUGGGACGUCACACCAGAAGCCAACUCCCGGUUCUCAACUGUCACCUGGAGCCCAAGACGAUACCCACGGAAGCAAUCCGUCAGCGACUACAAGAGAUACGACAUAAACAGCGUUCCUACUACAACAGAACGACACGGGCUUUGCCAGACCUUCGUAGCGGAAACAGAGUGUCCGUAUACGACACCCAAAGCAGAACGUGGGCCCCGGCCAUGGUAAUUGGUCCUGCAGGGGCACCGCGAUCCUACUUAGUGGCUACAGACAGUGGACAGCAGUUACGCCGUACGAGAGAGCAUCUCAGGGCCACAGAUGCUGCUCAGCCUGCUGAAUCACAAGCAGAAACCCGAAGACAGGCUGUGCCAAGUACGCCAGCAGACGCAAUUCAAGCCCCACUUCGAAGAAGUGAACGGGUACGCCAAGAGCCGCAACGUUAUCCACUUCCUGAACGUAAAUAGCAAAGCGAUCCUUGUUUGGAAAUGAAAAUGUUCUUCAAUGUUCCUUCGUUGUUCUUUCUUUUUUUUUCUCCCAAAGAAGGGAAGAUGUACUGGAUCGCAAUAUCAUGCCUGGAAGUCAACCAGUGCGCAUGUGCAACACGCCCCCUACUUAUCGCAGCGCUUCUUAUAUACCCGGCUGCGUUUCGGAAUAAAGUGCUUUUUGUUACCUGCUA